AUGGCUCCAUCAGUCUCCAUGAUCCACUCAGACUCAACCCCACAAAACAUUAUGGAUUUUGUUGUGAACAAAGGUCAUGGAGUGAAAGGCUUAGCAGAACUAGGACUCAAGACCCUACCACAACAAUACAUUCAACCUCCACACGAACGAUUUGAUUCAAGCGACUAUGAGGAACAACCAAAUAAUGAUACCAUCCCAGUUAUUGAUAUGUCCAACUGGGAUGACCCAAAAGUAGCCGAAGCAGUAUGUGACGCAGCGCGAAAAUGGGGCUUUUUUCAAGUGGUGAACCAUGGUGUCCCUAUUCAUGUUCUUCAGGAUGUUAAAGAUGCAACUCGCCAGUUUUUCGGGUUGCCAGCAGAAGAAAAGCAGAAAUACUCAAAACAACGAUCGGUUACUAAUAAUGUUCGUUUUGGUACAAGCUUUACACCUGAAGCCGAGAAAGCUCUCGAGUGGAAGGAUUAUCUCAGCCUCUUCUUCGCCUCGGAUGAUGAGGCUGCUUCCCUCUGGCCUCUAGUGUGCAGAAAUCAGGCUUUGGAAUAUGUCAAGAGUUCCGAACCCGUUGUCAAGAAGUUGCUCGCGAUACUAAUGAAGGGAUUGAACGUAAAAGAGAUCGACGAGAGCAAAGAGUCGAUGCUAAAGGGGUCAAAGAGGAUUAACCUAAACUACUACCCAAAAUGUCCCAACCCUAAGCUCACUGUCGGGGUUGGGCGUCAUUCAGACGUAUCCACACUCACUAUCCUGCUUCAAGACGAAAUCGGAGGACUUUACGUGCGAAACACAGAGACCAUGAAAUGGAUUCAUGUCCCUCCGGUUAGCGGAUCUUUGGUGAUCAACGUUGGGGAUGAGUUACAAAUCAUGAGUAAUGGGAACUACAAAAGCGUUGAGCAUCGCGUAGUUGCUAAUGGAAGUAGUAACAGGAUUUCAGUCCCGAUAUUUGUUAACCCGAGGCCUAGCGAUGUGAUCGGACCGCUACCCGAAGUGCUUGAAAGUGGUGAGAAACAAAUCUAUAAGAAUGUACUCUACAAGGAUUAUGUCAUGCAUUUCUUUAGCAAAGCACAUGAUGGGAAGGCAACUGUUGAGUUUGCAAAGGCAUGAUUUUGUGUGUUACAAAGCCUUUUUUAUUUA